AUGGGCAAAGGUAAAGUUGAGAAUGUGGGGAUCCACGCCAUGGAGAUAUAUUUCCCGUCGCAGUAUGUCGACCAAGUGGACCUGGAGAAAUUUGACGAUGUCGCCGCCGGAAAAUAUACUAUUGGACUCGGUCAGAGCAAAAUGGCAUUCUGUACCGACAGAGAAGACAUCAACUCCAUAUGCCUCACGGCUCUUCAUCGGUUAAUUGAAAGGAACAACAUUAAUCUCCACGAUAUAGGACGCUUAGAGGUCGGUACAGAAACUAUUAUUGACAAAAGUAAAAGUGUGAAGUCAUUUCUUAUGACACUAUUUGCCAAAGAAGGUGCCACAGAUAUUGAGGGCAUAGACACCACUAAUGCUUGCUACGGUGGCACUGCAGCUUUAUUUAAUGCUAUAAAUUGGGUGGAAUCUUCAUCGUGGGAUGGCAGAAAGGCUAUUGUUGUUGCUGGUGAUAUUGCCGUGUAUGGGAAAGGUCCUGCAAGACCGACAGGCGGGGCUGGUGCUGUUGCCAUGCUCAUUGCCCCUGAUGCACCCCUAGUAUUUGAUUGUGGAGUUCGAGCUUCAUAUAUGUGCCAUGCGUAUGACUUCUACAAACCUGACCUUGCAUCCGAGUUCCCUUAUGUAGAUGGAAAGCUGUCAAUUCAAUGCUACCUCAGUGCUUUAGACAAUUGCUAUAACUUGUUCUGUAAAAAAAUGAGAACUGAUGAUCCUAAUUUUAAGGGCUUAUUAAGUUUAGAUGGUAUGCUGUUCCACUCACCGUACUGUAAGUUGGUUCAAAAGUCACUGGCAAGAGUGAGUUUCAAUGAUUUCCUUAAUACACCAAUCACUGAAAGGGAGAAAAAAUUCCCUGGUUUGUCCCAGUUUAAUGACCAUAAGAGAGAAAACACAUAUUUUGAUAGAGAUGUUGAAAAGGCAUUUAUGACAUACAGCAAAGAUUUAUUUGAGUCAAAGACAAAGCCAUCGUUGCAUUUAGCUAGAAAUGUUGGUAACAUGUAUACACCAUCACUUUAUGGUGGCCUAGUAUCAUACCUUAUAAGCAAAUCACCAGAGCAGCUGAUUGGGAAGAAAUUUGCUUUGUUUUCAUAUGGCUCUGGUUUAGCAUCAACAAUGUAUUCUAUCAACAUUUGCAAUGAUAUGAGUGCCGGGUCGAAGUUAUCUAAAUUAAUAAGCUCUCUCCAUGAUUGUGUGUCGUUAUUAGAAAAAAGAAAGAAGGUGGAGCCUCAAAUCUUUUCAGACUUGAUGCAGGUUAGGACAGAAAAUUACCACACAGCUCCCUAUGAGCCCUCCGGACCAAUUGACACUUUAUUCCCCGGUACAUACUACCUCAAUAAAAUAGAUGACCAAAGACGACGCACAUAUGACAGGAAGCUAUAG